CUUGACAUUCUCACGUUAUCGAGUUACUUUACCGAGCUUCACGUUUAUCGGGCAGCAGCAGCAGCAGCGGUGGAGGAAUGGACGAGAAGGACGAGAAGGACGAGAAGGACGAAGAUCUCGGUGUGUUUGACCCAAACAUACCAGAGGAGGGACCUUCAGCGCCCCCUCCUGGCUGGCUGGAUGACGUCAGUGGAUACCAGGGCCACGUUGCAGGAGAUGAUGAGAACCCACUGUACCCCCCUCCCCCUGCCUACAACCCCCAACCUGAACUCAACAGGAACACUCUGGUGCCCAAUGUCAGAGUCCCCACCGUGUCGGAGGAUGUGGCCAGAGAAGCCCUGAUCAAGUUUGUGGAAUCAAAAUGGAUGUACAGCUCCAAACCUGCCAGGAACCUCACUUUCAAAGAGCUCCGACCCAUCACUGUGUACCGGUAUCGGCUGGAGACCUACACUGAGACCAGAGCCAGCGCCUGGCAGUUUGAACCCUACACUGGACAGGUAGUGGACGGUCCUCAGUGUGGGGUGAGCCCUCCACCGUGGGACGUCCCAGUGCCGCUGCCUCCGAGAUACACUGACAUGGUGGAGAAGGUCCGCGUGCCACAUUCAUCCUUCGUAAAGCUGUGUCACAAGUGCCAUGGCUGUGGACGAACCCGGUGCACUUUCUGCCAUGGUAGAGGCCAGAAGCGUUGUACAUUCUGCCACGGUCAUGGCCGCUCCAGGAGCAAGCCUUGCACCUCCUGUCAUGGCCGAGGUCGCAGGAGGUGUACCUCCUGUCACGCUCAUGGCUACAAGACCUGCUCUGUUUGUAACGGCAGCCAAAACCUGCUGCAUUUCAUCCAGCUCACUGUUACAUGGAAGAACAACAUAGCUGACUUCAUUCCUGAUCGCCAGCCUGACUUCCCUGACAAGAGGUUUGAGAAGGUGACAGGAGAUCCUUUCUUCAGCGACGAGAACAUUCUGGUGUACCCUAUCCAGGGUUUCCCUGAUCAAGAGAUCUGUGAUGUUUCUACCAAGCUGAUUAAUGAACACCUUAAUCACUUCAGUGCCACCAGCCGCAUCCUGCAGCAGCGUCAGACCAUCGAGCUGGUGCCCCUGACCCACGUCUUUUACUUCUACAGUGGAAAAGAGUACAACUUCUUUGUCUAUGGAAUGGAGAACAAAGUGUUUACCUCCAAAUACCCCUCUGUGUGCACUGUUUUAUAAGUAACUAUGUUGUUACCACAGUCUGAUGGGGUUUGUGUACAUUCACAAAGAGCAGGUGAGAAAAUCAGCCUCGUCCACGUAACCUACCUACGUUAAGCUUUAUUUCAUGAAUAAUGAUCAUUAUAUUUUUCAAUUGUAUUCAAAAAUAAUACUU